AAAAUACAUAAAAUCUAUUGGUCAAAAAUCAAUUCAAAAAACAAACGAAACAAAAAUCUUCAUUCAACAAAUAAUUUUGAUCCAAAUGCUUAAGGUAUGUCACAAAUAUUUGUCAUCGACAUGCUUGUCGAGGGCAGGGACAUAACAUUUUUCCUCCUGAAACGAUUGGCACAAAGCAUACCGGUUGCUUUUGCAUCAUCACCACCAUCAUCAUCAACAUCUUCAUAUCCAUUGCCAUCGCUUUCAUUCAUACGUUAUCCGGAAGCAACAACAGUACCGUCGAUCAUAUCCGAUCAUUGCAACUGUAAAAUAACAUCAAGCAAAAUUGAUACCCAAGAAAAUCUGCUCAGAUUGUCUAAUGACAAAUCGAUUACGAUCGAAAAUCAAUCGUCAACAUCUUCAACAAGAACGACAACAAGGUCUUUCAUCAAUCAUUCAUCAAUAAUUUCCCGUUCAAUUUGUAAAUUUCCACCACUACCUUCGACGUUUAUAAUUAUUAUUAUUCAUUUGCUCAUAUUGAUCACAUCAAUCAUAUUGAUUCCAUCAACAUUUCACUUAUCAUCAUUCGAAUGGUUAUCAUCCUCAAAGGGUCCUUUACUAUAA